AUGGAGUGGCCCUACCAGUUCGUACACCUCGAUACAGCUGGUAGACACGAACGUCGUGUUCUACUUGACCGUUACGGGCUGUACGCACAACUCUCAGCAUUUACCCCUAUCGGCCUGGCUCUCAUGUUGAGGCUCACGCAGAGGACCUUCAAUAGAAUAACUGGUAAGAGGCUUUCCUACGGUGCUGUUCCAACUUUGCAACCUGCAACGCCGCCAAGGCAGACUACCGCUUCCUCGUUUGCAGAAAAGCUGCGGCGAUGGCUCUGGUGGCUGGGGAACGACAUUGAAAUUGCUGGACAGAGAUGGGGCCGGGUGGACCAACUCAUAUUCGGCGGGAUAUGGACGGCCUGGCUAAUGUUCUUGUGCGUGAAUGAGACUGGAAAUGAUUACUUCCUGCUCACGCGGAAGUUUGGUGCCAUCGGCGCUUCGCAGCUUCCAAUUCAGUACCUUCUGUCCUUAAAACGUCUGAGUCUAGUCGCACUCGCCUUUCACACUUCGCACGAGAACAUCAAUCGAUGGCAUCGCGUCCUGGGAUGGAUCAGCUACUUCUUCAUCUUCCUUCACGUUGGCGGUUUAGGUGCUGCCAUCUUUCGUGUGGUGCCUGUACUUGGUAUGCUGGGCCUUCUGGGCAUGACUUUUCUCAGCGCCACCACGAUCAAGGCCAUCAGACAAUUCUCCUACCGGGUAUUUUUCAUUACCCAUCUCAUUGUGGCCUUGGCUCUUCCACCCGCCAUAUGGUUUCAUGUACCGCACGGCCGGGCGUUUAUGGCCGACGCAUUCUUGUUUCUCAUCGCAGACUUAGCUGUGCGAAGAUUCAGCACUGUCAUAUGUCCAGCCACUAUCGACAUGAUCCCCGGCACCAGUCUCAUCAAGGCCGUGGUGGAGCUUCCUCCUGCAUGGCUGCGUCGCUUUGCCGCACAUCCGGCUUCUUAUGCCUACUUGAGCGUCCCACAAGCCACAUGCCUCCCGUCCGGAUUCAUAUCGAAUCCCUUCACAGUCGCGUCCGUGAAUGAAGAGACCGGGCAUCUCACAUUCAUCGCACGCCGCAUGCAUGGGCCAACAACGCAGACUCUCGCGAGGCUCGCUGGUGUGCACUGGCCUAAUACCAAAGCCACGCUCAGAUUGGACGGUCCGUACGGUGCCGCUGCGUAUCUUCCCGACCUGGCAGCUGGAUUUGACAAGGUCCUCCUAGUGGCCGGCGGAGUCGGGAUGACGUUCAUUAUGCCGCUGUUCGAGCACAUCACAAAGGAGAGUCCUGCGACACAAGCUCGACUCAUUUGGGCAGCGCGAGAUGUGGAUGAAGUGAAAUGGUCUCGCCUAGUAGGGGAAAACAGCCAGAUACGGGUGUUUCUAACCGGUCGCCAUGUCAAUUCCGACCCCACUGGCAGCUCAACCGGAUCUUCUGACGAGUCUAAUGACCUCGAGCUGGACCAACUCGAGAAGAACAGCCAACGGACAGCGGCAGUACUGUGGAAGGACGGCACGCGGCCCGACCUACAAGAGGUUGUAUAUGAGUUUUUAGGAGACAGCGCUCAUGAUCGGUGUGCUAUUGUCGUCUGUGGGCCGGCGCCGAUGGCGCGUGAGUUGAGAAAGGCCGUCGGGAUUCGGAUACAGAAGGGAAGGGAUGUGUGGUUUCACAGUGAGAGUUUCUGCUGGUGA